AUGAGGAAGAGCGGGCACGAGGCUCGAGGCCCGCUGCAGCGGCAGAUCGCGCUGCGCCGAGAGGAGUUCCGUCAAGCAUUGGUGGCGGAAUGGCGGCAAAGGCUUCUGCGCCCUACCGCCGGCCUCGCAACCGUCGAGGCAAUCCGGCCAGUACUCGACGACUGGCUCGGGAGAAGGCAUGGCUCCCUGUCGUUUAGGGUGACACAGGUGCUGUCGGGGCACGGUUGCUUCGGCAAGUACCUGUGCCGCAUAGACAGGGAGCCGGACGCUCGAACGAACCACGUGGAAGAGAGGGUGGAAGCUGAUCUGAGCCAAACUACCCCAGAAUUAGCAGCAUGA